CUGCAUACCGCGAUAUUUCCCAUUCGGCGUUAGUUAUCUAAAAAAAAGCAAAAAAGAUGAGAGGCAAAGCGACCGGAAAGAGAAAAGCGACGGACAUAUUCGGCGGAGCGCCGCCGCCACCACCACCUUCAGUAGAACACCACCGUCACCUCGUAAACUCAAGAGACUCCGACGCCAGUUUCGCAAGCAGCCGUCCAUCAUCAGUCGGGCUAAGCCGAGAUCUACAACACUCGGACAGAUCUCACCAAAUCCGAUCAAUCAACACCUUCCUCGCCUCACACAACUUCCCCAUCUCCCUCCGCGCCAACCCCGUCCCUCCCGUCAAAGAUAUCUCCGAAACCCUAAAGUUCCUCCUCUCCACCGUCGAUUGCCCCUGCGACACUCUCAAGUGGGACGAGGACGUCGUCUUCUUCCUCAAAUCGAUUAACUGCCCCCUCAAGCUCACCAAAUCGACCCUCCGCGCUCCCAACUCGCCUCACAACUGGCCUAACGUCCUCGCCGUUGCUAACUGGUUGGUUCAGUACGCUCGUUUUCAUCAGCAUCUAUCCUCCAACUCAUUCCCUAACUCCGAUGCUAACUCCAUGCAAUCCUUCGGGUUACAGAGCUUCCGCCACUUCAUCCGCAACGAGGACGACUUGGUUAACGAACUAGACUCCGAUUUCUUGGGGAAGUUAGAAGCGGAGAAGGCUAGUAUGGCCGAGACUAUCUCCAACUGUGAGAACGCGUCUGGCGAGUUGGAGGCGAAACUCGAUGCGCUGAGGAAAGGCCCCUCGAAGAAAGAGGCUCUUGAGAGAGUCAAAGCCGAUCUUGAGAAAGAUGUUAACAAGUUCCGUACCAUGGUUACGGAACGUAGCGAGAGGACUCGUGGGAUGGAGAAGGUUGUGGAGAUGAAAGAGAGGGAGGUGAUAGCGAAGGAGGAAGAGAGGGAGAGGAUCUCUGAGGAGAAUAAGGAGCUGAAGAAGAGCGUGGAGGAACAGAGUUUUAACGUGAGAGAUGUUGAGAGGAUGAAGAGAGAGUUGGUGGCUGUGGAGAGAGAUGUUUCGGAGGGUGAGGAAGCUAGAGAUGGUUGGGAGCAGAAAGCUUGGGAACUUAACUCGAGGAUUAGUAAUCAGUUUCAUCAGAUUCAGACGAUGGCUAUUGAUUGUAACCAAGCUAUGAGGAGAUUGAAGGUGGAUGUUCAGUUCGUUGUGAAUGAGAGAGGGGUGGAGCCUGGAGAGGUGAUGGGUGUGGACUAUAAAGCUGUAGUGAAGCCAGCUCUUUGUUCUUUGUAUGAUGGGAUUAAAGAAGGGUCGAUGAAGAAGGUGGAGGAGCUUGUUACAUUACAAGAACAGGCGUCUGAAAUGGCGUCCAAGAUUGAAUCAAGAAAGCGUAUUCUCGGGUCGAUUCAGCUGCAGAUCAAUGAAGUGGAGGAGAAGAUGAGGGUAGUGAAGAAGGAAGCUCAGGAGUUGGCUGCAAAAUGCGACUUGGAGGUGAAAACAAUGGCGGGGGGCGUGAAAACUGAGGAGGUGAAUCUUGAAGUCGUGGAGAAAGAAGCUGCGGAGAUAUUGAAAGGUUCUGAGGUUAGAUUGGAAGAAGAGGCGAAGCAGAGUGAAGCGGAGGUCCAAGCUACUGCUGCCAAGCUCUUUGCGCUUAUCGACGCGAUAUCUAAACAUAAAGAGUAUAUGGAUUCGAAGAUCUUGGAGGUGAAAACUCGUGUUGAGGAUACUGCCAGUGCUGUUUCGGAGAUAUAUAAAGCGAGCUUCAAGAAGCACUUUGGUGGUAGUUGUUAGAGAGUAGAUGUGGCAAUUGAAUUGACUGAGCCAAGAGAUUGUUGAUUAGUAUGCAUAUUUAUGGUGAGAAAUGAUGUUGCUUGUGUUUCAAAAUAGUCGUAGUUGCAAUCACAUGCCAUUCGUUAAUUAACUAAGAUUUUUGAGCGAAUGUGAACGCAUGUUUUGGCUAUUUCAGAUUCUGUGUGAUCUCUGAUUAAGUAUGAGCUUAGAUUAUUGCAACUUCAUGAUUGCUAGUGCAUUCUAGUAUUGAAUUGCUACAUACUUUUCGUUCUAUUCUGUAUAUACUCAUGGAUGAAAUGUUACCUGGAAGGCAAAGAUUUCAUGA